UCGGCACGGCACUCACCCUGCUGCCACGGAGGAUGCUGAGCUGCCAUGGGCCCCUCUGCCCCUGCCCUGGCGCUGUGCCUGGCGCUGCUCCUCGCCCCGCACACACACGGUGAGGGGCUGGUGAGCCCCCGGCGCGUGCGCUUCGCUGCCGAGACCACGUGGCACGUGCUGGAGUGGGAGCCGGGACACGGCCACCCCAGGGACGUCUGCUACGACGUGGAGUACAAAGUCUACGGCACCAAAAUCCCCUGGACGGCCGUCCCAGAGUGCACCAAGUCCUCGAGGCGAUCCUGCGACCUCACCUUCUACACCCUGGAUCCCGACAAGCGCUACUACGCCCGGGUCAGGGCCGUGUUCGGGAACCACACGUCCUCGUGGCAAAGGACCAACGCCUUCUCCCCACAGGAUGCCAGCCUGCGCCUGUCGGGCCAGAGCCUCUCCGUGAGGGGCAACACCAUCCACGUGCAGCUGCAGCUGCUCUUCCAGACUGGGAAAGUCACUGUGAGGUACAAAGACAUCCACGAGGACACGAGGCAGUACCGUGUGUACGUCAGGAGGACACAGGACAACAAGACGUUUGAAGUGGUGGAGACCAGGGCAGAGUUCACCCUCAGCAACCUGCUCUGGGGCACUGAGUACUGCCUGAGCGUGGAGCCCGGCGUGACCAACCGGCGUGUCCCUGCCACGCGCACCGACGAGCAGUGUGUCACCACCACCCAGAGACACAGGAUUGUGGAGCUUCUCCCGAGCAUCCUCAGCCCCUGCUUCAUUGUGCUUUUGGGGAUCCUGGGGGCUCUGCUGGUGCACACCUACAUAAAGAAACCCGUGAGGACACCGUCUGUCCUGAAGUCCUUCAUGAAGCAGAGCUCACUCUGGGUGGAGCACGAGCCCCCAUCCUUGGGCAGCCUAGACACAGACCCCAUCCAGCAGCUGUUCCUGUGCCAGAAGGAGCCCCAGCUGGACAGCAGCACUAGCACAGCCCAGGUGCCCCUGGAGCAGGGCUGGAGGCUCCCAGUGUGGCCUGAGGACCGGCUGUGCCUGCUGGGACCCGUGGGAAGCCGAGACAACAGCGGCAGCAGCACCGACAGCGGCAUCUGCCUGCACAUCCCCUCCUCCUCCCCCGGACUGAGCUGCUCCGCCCGCCCUGAGCCCCAGGGCUACAGGCGACAGCUGCCCACUGGCGACGACAGCGGUGUGGGCUUGGAGAGCCCCUGCCCUGGUCCCACGUGCUCCUCCAGCAGCGGGAACAGCAGCCAAGGGGAGCCAGAGCUCUGCCCUGCCACCGGCCAGGAGGCCGUGGAGUUCCGCGGGUACCUGCAGCAGGGCAGGGGCACGGUGGAGCCAGGGCAGGACCCAGCCCAGGGAAUGCCCCUCUCGGGCUGUGAAGGGCCUGGGCAGGGCACUGACCUCGUGCUGGGUGUUGAGUGCUCCGAGCUGGCUGUGUCCAAAGGGUAUUUGAAGCAGUCCUCUCCAGAGCAUCCCCGUGGCCACGCGCAGGACCUCGCUCCAUGGGGAGCCCCUUCCUUGGACUUUUCCAGCCAGGUGGGACCCCUAGCCCCCACUCUGCUGAGCUGGGGGGCUCCAAGUGCUCCCUUGGUCUCCAAAGCUUGCCCUGAGCUCCUGAAAGCUCCCUUCGACCUGAGCAUCUUCAACACUGACGUCCUGGGGACGCUGCCCCUCACCUCCAGCCUCAGCACAGACUGGCUCACACUGCCAGUGAACCCCCUGAGCCUGCUCAGUGGGGACAGCAAGGACAGCCGCCUGUGAGCCGUGCCCAGGCCGGGGACAGGUGCUGCCAGCCCUGCACACUGACACAACUACCUCUUCUACCCACUGCCCGUGGGGAGCAGCCACUCAAUAAGCUACUGCCACCCCUGAAUGUUAACACACCAAACCAAGUGGAGCCAGGCUGAGACACAUCCCUGGAGCACCUGCUCAGCUACUGCUGGGGCUGCUUUGGCCCCAGGACUGUGUGGACAGCCUCCAGAGUGUCCCUCCAGCUGAUCUCUGGUGUACACUAACGAGAGACAGGGAUGGACUGCGCUGGAGAGGCUCACCCAGCUCAAGGAUACGCACCAGGAUGUUUCCCAAGGAUGAUCCUGUCUUGUCUGCCCUCCUCAGCAGCCCAGCCUGAGGCACAGGGCCACCCUUGGGGCUGGGGCCAGCUGUGUGUUUCCACUUCCCCCUUUCUCUGGCCAGCACUGGGCUCCUCCAGCUGAUGUCCACAGCUCCGGUGACGUCCUCCGAUGACAUCCAGACCUUUCACAACACAGACACUGGGAGCAGAGGGCAGCCUGACAUCAGCUACCCUACUGCUGGAGCACGGGGCUCCCUCCCUGGCUGACCUCACGUGGAGGGAGCGAGGGACUUUCCUGACCCCACAGAGACCCUCUGGCAUCCAGCCCCUCUGGCAGAGCCCCGGGGUGCUGGCUGUCUCAUGGGUUACGGGAUACACGAUGAGCCAGGCCAGCCCUGCUUAACACUAUGGGCUGUGUUCUGCCCCUGCUGUAUGCAGACAUUAUUUAUUCUAUUUAAUUUGUAAAUACAAAGGA